AUGACGACUCAUCGGAAUGCAGCACUAGACCCGCGUCACUUCGUAAUAAUCAAACCGCUUCCGAUUCUUAAACCGUCGGGGGAAAUGCGCCAGGCCCGGAGCAGAACGGUGUGGUCCGCAUGUCAGCCGACCAGGGAGCAGGUGUUCUGGGAUAACUAUCACCGACGACAGUGGCAGCUGAGCCGGCAGGGCUAUAGAGCAGCCCCCUGGAGACCCUAUGAGGAGGUCGGACAACCGCUCUACCUUGAAACCAAGAGACUCAUACUAGAAUCACUGGGACAACCUGUGGAAGAGGCUCCAAAGGCUGAUCCCUUACCAGAAGAGGAUGUGCCUGUUUGCACCACUCCAUCAGAUUCCCGAGGAGCAAACAAGAGCUUGCCAUUUCGUUGCCCCCAGGCAGGGAAGAGAGAGGAUGCAGUAUCUCUUAGGAAGCAUCUGGGACAUACCAGCCGUUUGGUGUCAGCGGUCAGACAGGGCCGGGGUUACUUCCAACUCCUCCAGAAGAAGGAGAAGGAACAGGAGGAGGCGCAGCAGAGGGAGCAGAAGAGGAAAGAAGAGUGGCAGCGUGUCCAGCCCCGACCUCCCUGCUCAGAGUCUGACUCUGACAGUGACCCAGGGAGGAAGAAGGCCCAGUCAGCUCGACCUUUCACCCCCAUCCACUGCUCCCUGACUUCCCCUCAGGCCUCUGAGCCACCACAAGGGCCCAUAUUCCGUCAGCUGUGCUGUCUGAACUGGUUGCUGGAGGCCCUGACUCUGGACAGGACCAGGAGAGCUGGACCAGUCACGUCCUGCUGGGAUCUCAAGGACCCUGGCCAAGGAAAAACCACCCUAAAGACCCUGAAUAAAGAGAGAGCCAUAGAGACCAAAUGGGACCAGUUUGUGUCUCUGCAAAAGCCACGUAGAACAGGCUCCAGGCCCUCCCGCUCCUCCUCUGGUCGUCUGUACCUGUUGAAGGGGUCCUCCCUGAGCGUAGCCUCCUCCUCAGCCCUCACCACCCCUACCCUUCUGGGCAGCCUGUCCUCCCUGGGCCCUGGGAUAGAAGACACUGGAGCAACAUUAACUAGAGCUAUAGUGACUGCCACUGGAGCCAGCCAGGAUAGUGCGGAGCAACCAGGAGCAGGAGGGGACUCCGAGACAGAGCUGCCCAUGUCAGAGUACCUUCAGAAGCUGCUGGAGGAAGUCCACCAGAGUGUCACCAAAGACUUCGGUGAUCCAGAGCAGAUUCAUGGCGACGCCACUUUGACUGUUGGAUACCGUUGUCCUGCCAAGCCACUGUCAGCCACCAGUGAGUUGAUCAGCAGUAAGAGGUCCAUGCUGUGGGAUAUGAGGACAGCCUAUGAGGAGAGAGCAGAGGAGCUGGCCCAGAUCUUCAGUGACAGUCUGGACCACAAUGCCAGGAAGAGGCUCGAGAGUGGCAUCCAGAGGUUCCAAGCCCUGUGUCAUGUGACCCACUCUCACCUCAUCCCUCGUCAUGUGACCCCACGGGUCACCGGCAUGAAACCCCCAGAGACAGACUGUAGCAACAACAACAUGUGGCUGUCCUCUCUACUGACCAAUCUCCCUCCAGAGGUGUCUCAGGACAGAGGGGUGAGCCGAGUUCUGGAGAAACUCAGCCGCUUCGCAGAUGAGCGGACCCCCAAGGUGCGACCCCAUGUCUUCCUGAAGAUGUUGGGGGGUCUACAGCCCUGGGAGCUCUGCCUACCUGACCUCUGUGUUGCCAUUGAGAUAGCCAGGGAGCAUGUUGUCCAGAUGUCCAGAGAGGACUAUGACUCAUGGCUCCUCUCCAGGGUCACUCUUCCACAGCAGCAGGACCACUAA